AUGAUUGAUGAAAGAGGAGAUCGAUGUCCCGGUUGUACCAAGUGGUACUGGUACCAAUCAGCGAGUCAUACAUUUACCGAUAGCUCCCGUACUCAAUCGAGCAGUCAACACCUCCACUCCUCCAGGAUGCCUCUUGAUACCUCGUCAUACACCCUCUCCCAGCUCCGGCUGGAUGGCCGACGUUGGAAUGAGCUUCGGCGCAUCCACGCUCAAAUUUCCACCCACGCCGCCGCGGAUGGAUCGAGCUACUUGGAGAUGGGUAACACGAAAGUCGUGUGCACAGUGACGGGCCCCGCCGAGGGGAGAAGAGCUGGGGGUCAGGGUGGUGGAGGGGAUGUGUUGGACGUGCGCGUGGAAAUCGGAUUGGCGGGAUUUAGUGGGGUGGAGAGAAGGCGGCAGGUGAGAGGAGACAAACGAAUCUUCGAAAUGGCUCACACGAUCACCGAAUCCUUAAACCGGACCCUCCUCACCAAUCUCUUCCCUCGGUCAACCCUCUCGAUCUCACUUCAUGUCCUUAGCCAAGAUGGCUCACUUCUCGCCGCCUUGAUCAACGCCGCGACACUCGCAUGCGUCGACGCCGGUGUCCCAAUGAAGGAUUACCUAGUCGCAUGCACCGCGGGCUGCAUGAGUGCCGGCGCUCCUCCCCCACCGCAAGUAAAGGCGGAUGACGACGGCUCAAACGAUCCCAUACUCGACCUCACCGCAUUAGAAGAGCAGGAGUUACCGUUUCUUACAGUGGCAACCGUGGGAGCGGAGGAUAAGGUCGCGGCGCUGGUCAUCGAAUCGAGGUUCCACGCAGGACGGCUGGAUGAAAUGCUUGCGGUGGGGGUGGAUGGUUGUAAAAGGGUCAAAGAGUUGGUGGAUGAGGUGAUGAAUAUGGCGCCGAAGAGCCGUGCGAGUGUCCGGCGGGCUCAACUCACACGUACGAUCACUGACGCCUUCGCUGUCAAAUUGAGAGACCUUAUCUGGAGCCGCGGAGCCACCGCUACACCACCUAUUCGACUAGCUCUUGUUGCCCGACCCAGGGUUGCCCUGCAUUGUUCCGGGGGUAUCUUUCGACUGAUUCCGGUACCAGUCGGAGGUUGUGCAUGUCGUGCUCUUGCAGUCGGCAGACUUGACGCCCGCCUCAAAGGUGCACAUUGGCAAGGAUUUGGAACGAUGGGUUCCGACGGGAGGGCUGUUGCUAUCGAAGGAGGUUUUACCUGAGUUGUUGUAGGGAUUGUAGACCCUGAAUAACAGGUUCACUGAUUGUAGUCGUACUUGAUGCCGCCGACCCCGAAGUCUUGGUCGUAGUACCCUGCGUCCUAGAAGUUUACUCAGGGCCGGUGUAGUUGGUGCUGUUCAGGCAGUAUUGUGAGCAACAGUUCUCUUAUAGCUUAAAAGAUCAUGUCAUUGCAGUUAAGGUCCGUCCACGUGCAGAG